CGUUUGCUUUUGGCACGCUGCGUGGGCGCCAUUCCGUGUCUCUGUCUGUGUCGCGUGUGUGCAUUAGCUAAUGUGUUUGUAUUGCUAAUUAAAACAGCAGCAGCACCAGCACCAGCAGCAGCAGCAGCGGCAGCGACAACUACUGCGGCAGCCACAAGAACAACACGAGCAACGAACGCGCAACAAAGUGUCUUCGAUAAGUACGAGCGAGGAGCCUCUCUAAACCCUAUCCGUAUCCUUCAGUUCGUCCUUGCCGUUGCCGCCCUGGCCAUUGCCUGCGUUCGUGCUGACUCCUUCGAUGCCGCCGCCGAGACCAGGGAGUACAAGAGCGACCUGAAGGAGGACGGCAGCUAUGCCUACCAGUAUCAGACCUCCAAUGGCAUCGCCGACCAAGAGUCCGGAGCGGGUGGAUACUAUGCCAGCGGCUCCAAUGCCUACUACGCCCCCGAUGGCCAGCUUAUCCAGCUGACCUACACCGCCGAUGCCAAUGGAUUCCAUCCUUCUGGCGCCCAUCUGCCCACUCCUCCUCCAAUCCCAGCGGCCAUCCUGAAGUCCCUGGAGUACAUCCGUACCCAUCCGCACCAGGAGUCGCGACAGGGUCAGGGGCGAUUCUAG